CUCGUGAUGUAAUUGUUAUUUCUUACUCGGAGCCUGAACCGCGGAGAGCUGCCCGAGAAGUGGCAGCCCGGUGCCUUCUGCCUUGUCUUGUAGGGUCAGAUUCUUCCCGGGGAUGGUGUAGAUUCGAGAACUGACUCCGCUGGAGACUUCGCAGUGACAAAGCAGCUGAAGAUAAACCCUGCUCCCGGGUCCUCCGCCGUCCGAGGAGCUGAAUGGGGCGCUCCUCAGGUCUCCUUCCCAGUUUUCCUCUCGGACUCACUCCGCAUUUAUCCCUGGCUGCCUCCUACGUGCUGGGCGUGGGGUCAAAGUGACCCGCAGUUAGUGCCCGUGCCCCCCAAGAUCAAAGCAAGACACACAGAUUACAAGAGUGUUUGGAUUGUGAGCAAUUUAAGCUCUAUCCUCAGGAUCCAUUAUUUUAACAUCUGGGAGAAACACAUCCAGAAGAUACACACUAGAUUGAAGGAGGAGUGGGGAAUCUGAAGACUCCAAAUGGCAUCAGAGCUACUUUUCAACAGCCUUCUCAGUUUCCUUUCUCAGAAAGCAGAGACUCAAUCCUUGGAGACGGAUGAACACUGAUAUUUGCAUUUAUUGUGGAACAAAAGGUGAAGAAGGAGAAGCAGUAUAUUCACUAAGGAUUCUAUCUGCUUGCUGCUGCAGACCUGUGUGUUGAGGAAUUCUGCUGCUGCUUCUUGCUUGGGAGUUAUCAGCUCUGCAGUCAGGCUGCGUUGGGAGCCUGCCUGCCUUUUGUCUCGUCAUUGCCAACCAGCAGACCAAUCCCGGUCGGAACGGAACAGUACACCUCUGUCUAAUUACUAUGGAAGGUGAGAAACCGACAUUCACUAAUUGAAGUUACAUCUCACUCACCCACAGAAAACCAUUCUUCAAAGUGAAUAGAAACCAAGCCUUUGUGAACACUUCUAUUGAACAUGACUCAUGGAGAAGAGCUUGGCUCUGAUGUGCACCAGGAUUCUAUUGUUUUAACUUACCUAGAAGGAUUACUAAUGCAUCAGGCAGCAGAGGGAUCAGGUACUGCCAUCGACAAAAAGUCUGCUGGCUGUAAUGAAGAAGAUCAGAACUUUAACAUUUCUGGUAAUGCAUUUCCCACCUGUCAAAGUAAUGGUCCAGUUCUCAAUACACAUACAUAUCAGGGAUCUGGCAUGCUGCAUCUCAAAAAAGCCAGACUCUUGCAGUCUUCUGAGGACUGGAAUGCAGCGAAGCGGAAGAGGCUGUCUGAUUCCAUCGUAAAUUUAAACGUAAAGAAGGAAGCUUUGCUGGCUGGCAUGGCUGACAGUGUGCCUAAAGGCAAACAGGAUAACACGGUACUGGCCUCUUUGCUUCAGUCGUUCAGCUCUAGGCUGCAGACUGUUGCUCUGUCACAACAGAUUAGGCAGAGCCUCAAGGAGCAAGGAUACGCCCUCAGUCAUAAUUCUUUAAAAGUGGAGAAGGAUUUAAGGUGCUACGGUGUCGCAUCAAGUCACUUAAAAACUUUGCUGAAGAAAAGUAAAACUAAAGAUCAAAAGCCUGAUACCAGUCUCCCUGACGUAACUAAAAACCUCAUCAGAGAUAGGUUCGUAGAGUCACCUCAUCAUGUUGGACAGAGUGGCACAAAGGUCAUGAGUGAACCCUUGUCAUGUGCUGCGAGGUUACAGGCUGUCGCGAGCAUGGUGGAAAAAAGGGCUAGUCCUGCCACUUCACCCAAGCCAAGUGUUGCUUGUAGCCAAUUAGCAUUACUCCUUUCAAGCGAAGCCCAUUUACAGCAGUAUUCUCGAGAACACGCUUUAAAGACACAAAAUGCAAAUCAGGCGGCAAGUGAAAGACUUGCUGCUAUGGCCAGAUUACAAGAAAAUGGCCAAAAGGAUGUGGGCAGUUUCCAGUUCUCAAAAGGAAUGUCAAGCCAUCUUAAUGGUCAGGCAAGAGCAUCAUCAAACAAACCAAUGGCUAGCAAAAGUACAACAUUUCAAACUCCGAUGGGUAUUGUUCCUUCUUCCCCCAAAAAUGCAGGCUAUAAGAACUCACUGGAAAGAAGCAAUGCAAAACAAGCUGCUAAUAACAGUUUGCUUUUACAUCUCCUUAAAAGCCAGACCAUACCUAAGCCAAUGAACGGACACAGUCAUAGUGAGAAAGGAAGCCUUUUUGAGGAGAGCAGUACACCUACAACUAUUGAUGAAUACUCAGAUAACAAUCCUAGUUUUACAGAUGAUAGCAGUGGUGAUGAAAGUUCAUAUUCCAACUGUGUUCCCAUAGACUUGUCUUGCAAACACCGAAUCGAAAAACCAGAACCUGACCAGCCUGUUUCUCUGGAUAACUUAACUCAGUCCUUGCUAAACACUUGGGAUCCCAAAGUCCCCGAAGUAGAUAUCAAAGAAGAUCAAGAUACCUCAAAGAAUUCUAAGCUAAAUUCGCACCAGAAAGUAACCCUUCUUCAGUUGCUACUUGGCCAUAAGAAUGAAGAAAAUGUAGAAAGAAACAACAGCCCUCAGGAACCACACAGUGAUGGGACAAAGUUCAGCACACAUAAUUACACGCGGACUUCUGUCAUAGAAAGCCCUAGUACCAGCAGGACUACUCCAGUGAGCACUCCACCAUUACUUGCAUCCACCAAAGCCGAGUCUCCCAUCAACCUUUCCCAACACUCUCUGGUCAUCAAAUGGAAUUCCCCACUGUAUGCCUGCGGCCCUCAGUCUGAAAAGCCAACGAAUACCGCAUCGAACCACCUGAUGGACCUUACAAAAAGCAAAGAAUCGCAAGGGGAGAAACCAGUCCAAAAUGAAGGCACACAAAACUCUGCCACUUUCAGUGCCAGUAAACUGUUACAAAAUUUAGCGCAAUGUGGAAUGCAGUCUUCUGUGUCAGGGGAAGAGCAGAGACCCAGUAAACAGCUGCUGAGUGUAAACACAGAGAAACCUACAGGUAUGACUGAUAGACUAAAUAGCCCUCUGCUCUCAAAUAAAACAAAUGCAGUUGAAGAAAAUAAAGCAUUCAGCAGUCACGCAACAGGUCCUGAACCAGGACUUUCUGGUUCUGAAAUAGAAAAUCUGCUUGAAAGGCGCACCGUCCUCCAGUUGCUGCUGGGAAACCCCAACAAAGGGAAGCCCGAAAAGAGAGAGAAGAUGCCCUUAAGAGAUGAAAGUACUCAGGAACAUACAGAUAGAGCUUUAAGUGAACAAAUAUUGAUGGUGAAAAUAAAAUCUGAGCCUUACGAUGACUUGCAUACGCAUACCACAAAUGUGCCCUUGAGCCGCGACGCUCAGGGUGCCCCCUUCUUAGGCGUGGCUCCUGCCUUGCAGGGAAGCACAGCUGUCUUACCAGCAUCUGAGGACUUCAAAUCGGAGCCGGUCUCACCUCAGGAUUUUUCUUUCUCUAAGAACGGUCUGCUAAGUCGACUGCUGAGACAAAACCAAGAGAGUCACCCGGCUGAUGACCUGGACAGCAGUCACAGAAAUAGUGAACUGACACUUGUAGACUCAAAGAAUCUUUGCAUGGUCCCUAAAAAAAGGAAGCUUCAUACUGAGCCAUUAGAAAAUCCAUUUAAAAAGAUGAGAAAUAACAUAGUCGAUGCUGCAAACAGUCCCAGUGCUCCGAAGGUGCUGUAUGGGUCCUUGCUUAACCAGCAAGAGCUGAAGCUUAGCAGAAAUGAUCUUGAGUUUAAAUAUCCUGCCAGCCAUGGUUCAGCGAGUGACAGCGAACACAGGAAUUGGGCCAGAGAGAGCAAAAGCUUCAACGUUCUGAAACAGCUGCUUCUCUCAGAAAACUGUGUGAGAGAUUUGUCUCAGCACAGGAGUAGUUCUGUCGUCGACAGUAAAAAAAAAGGACACAGAAGCACUGUGACCAAUAGCAAGCCUGACUUCAGCAUUUCUUCUUUGAACGGACUGAUGUACAGUGCAGCUCAGCCCAACAGCUGCAUGGGCCACAGGACAUUUCCAUACCCCGGUGUGGGAAAACCUCCUGUGAGCCCUCCUUUCCCUGAGCACCUGGGCUGCGCAGGGUCUAGACCAGAAUCUGGGCUUGUGAAUGGGUGUUCCGUGCCCAGUGAGAAGGGGCCCAUCAAGUGGGUUAUCACAGACGUGGAUAAGAAUGAGUAUGAGAAAGACUCUCCGAGACUGACCAAAACUAACCCAAUACUGUAUUACAUGCUCCAGAAAGGAGGCAAUUCUGUUACCAGUCGAGAAACACAGGACAAGGACAUUUGGAGGGAGCCUUCAUCUGCUGAAAGUAUCUCACAGGUUACAAUCAAAGAGGAGUUACUUCCUGCUGCAGAAACUAAAGCUUCUUUCUUUAAUUUAAGAAGCACUUACAAUAGCCAUAUGGGAAAUAAUGCCUCUCGCCCACACAGUGCAAAUGGAGAAGUUUAUGGACUUCUGGGAAACGUGCUAACAAUAAAAAAAGAAUCAGAAUAAAAUGUACCUGCCAUCCAUCUUUGGAUCUUUUUAAAACUAACUAGUAUGAACUUGAGAUCUGUAUAAAUAAGCGCAUGAUUUGAGAAAAGCAUGGUAUAAUUGAAACUUUUUCAUUUUGAAAAGAAUUGGUUACUGUGAUGUUUAAAUAUGCAUACUACUUCUUGCUUUACAUUAGAUGUCAUGAGGAAGCUGCUGAACUAGCAAUUGGUUGUUUAACACCUUCUUAUGCAUCAGACAACAACUGUGAGUAGCCCAUGAAUGAUAUUCUUUUUUAAUCAUAAAUAAUAGGCAUAAAUUAAAAUGUGAAUCUCCACCCACAGUGGAUUAAUGCAUUGCUGCCUUUAUUAGGGUACUUUAUUUUGCUUUUCAGAAGUCAGCAUACAUAACACGUUUUUUUAAAGUCCAAAUUGUUAAAUAAUAACUCCUAAAGGAUAAUUAUUGAAUCAAAGAACCUAAUACUGAUUCAUUUUUUCAGUUCAAAAACAAAUUAGAAAAAAAUAUGCUUACAUUUUUCACUUUUGCUAAAAAAAAAAAAAAAGAAAGAAAA